UCUGCCGGGACUAUUUGAUUAGCUCUCUUGCCCCACAACACUUUGGUGUUUAUCAGCCUUGCCCAGUGACAGGCAAGCAUAUAUAUAUCUUUGGUUCCUUGGAGGACACCAUUCUGGAUCGUGGCAGAAUCUAGCCAGCAGUCUGACUGCAGGAGCUUUGCAAUGGAUGUGCUGUCAACAAGCCUGUUGGUCACUCUCUGCUUCUUGUGUCCUGCCAUCACUGGAGUCUUCGGCAGGCAUGUGGGCCAGAGAAACCUGUUCACAGAGAGAGGCUGCUGUCGGAGACAAAGUCACUUCAUUUACGUUGGCCAGGACGUCUCCGGCAGCCCGAUCAGUGUGGACGUGGGGCUGUGCAGAUCGCACUGCGGGGGGUACCAGGGCGCCUCGGGGUCGUAUGGAUCGGGAAUUCCCGGAUACUCCAAGCACACUUCACUGCUGGAAUUCCUCAGGAGCAAAAAGCGCGAACGCCAGCCUUCCCCCGAGGCGCCGGAGCCAGCCGGGCUGGUGGCGUCCUGCUCCGCCGGCGCGGCGUGCGUCUCGGCCGGGGUGCGAGUGGAGCGGGUCCUGCUGUUCGACGGGGUGCGGGAGGUGGAGGUCACAGAGGAGUGUCACUGCGAGCCCAGCCCGCCGGAGUGCGUCCGCAUGCCUGCGCUCAAGACCUACUUCUUCGAAACCCCGUACGAAACCGUCGUGGAUGUGGGGAAGUGCUCCAAGCCUCCCGGGACUCCAGACGGAAUCUCCUGUGUCCCGACCAAGUUCAGCUCAGCCUUGGUGGAGACGCCCAGUAAAAUGGAGCUGAUACAGACAGCGGCAGCCUGUGAUCUCAGGGAGAACUGCUACAGGGUGUCCUACAAAGAGUAUUACUAUGAAGUCUUCUACAACUCCAAUGGGGUCAAGGAAGAGAAACUUAAGGAAAUUGAUGUCGGCAGAUGUUUAGGGAGCUGCACCUCAGGAAAUCGUUGUCUGCUCAGAGAUUCGUCUCCCCAAGAGCAGUGCCGGGUGUGGGCGGAGCGCCCCGCUAGGUCCUGUGUACCCCGAGACUUCGACAGCCACGCUUUCCGCAGUCGGCAUGGCCAAGUCCGCACCGUCCUGUCCAUCACGUCCUGCGCGUGCCGGCCGUGAGUCCCGGCCCCCUCUGGAAGGCUGUGCCGGGCCGGUUCCCAGGCUCCGGAAAAGACGAAGAAGCUUCCCACCAUGGGGUCUGGGGGCCGGUCUGGUUUGUCCGCCACAAUCUUGCAGACCUUUUUUAAUGUGGAGGUCCCGGGACAUUAUAAGGUGUUUGAAACGGGGCAGAGGCACAUCAGCAGAACUGCGGAGAAUCUCUUUCAGGAAGUCUGAGCACCACUGUCGCAACACCAGUCCCUCACAGUAAAGAGCAUUGCAGUGACAGAGUUCCUUGUCUGGCCCGACCCUGUGAUUCAGUCCACAUCCAGUUUCCUCAACUACACAUUUCCCAGACGUGCUUGUGAUAGUGACAUUGUGACCAUUUGAAGGGGUUCUUUAUGGACAGGAGUGAAAAAGACUCAGACAUCUACAUGCCGCCAGACUUGUUUAUGAAAGAGCUCUGUAACCAUUCAGGGGUGCAGUCGGAAAUAUUCAAGAGGGCAGUUCACGCGAUUGGCCAAUGCUUAUCUAUUUUUUCACAACUUUGGCAGUUAUUUACAGCAAAUAACUGUAUUGGACUCCAUCCUGUGCUAACAAAUUAGCACAGGGCAGACUCCCAGGCGAACUGCAACAGCUAGGAAAUGUGGUCUUGUGAAACACUCCCUUCGUUCUUCACACUAGUGCCUGGAAUAUCGCUUCCUCUGAAUCAAGACGGGAGUACUUGCCAGGCGCCUGAAAACGAUUCUUUUACGUCACCACAAGAUGGCACUGUUAUCUUCCCGAUUCCUCGCGACGUUUAAUUUACAAAUCGCGUUAUUUAAUGCUGUCCGACUAGGGGGCAAAUAAGAAGUCAGUACAUAUAUUUUUUUAUUUUUUAAACAACAUUUUCGGAUCACCGCCAGAUUUUCAAUAAAGCUCACUACAAAACACCGUGGAGUUAAUGGAUUAUAUCACCAUUCUGAUUACAACAAAUGUAUGUUGGGAGAAGUUAAAUUGUGAGGGGAAGAGAUGUGUGAUCUUUUAUUGGAUAUUAAUUCAAGACAUUGUGAUUGAAAGCUGUAACUGUUGUCCAGGGAAAUCUUAACUCUUAUCCCAGUAGGAUCUUAACAUCUGUCUAGUGAGAGAUAGCUAUGUAAAAAUACCACAUUAGUUCUUGGUCCCGCUGUGUUCUAGAAAUAAGAGUGUUGUUGUAUAAUAUGUAAGAUAUGUAUAAAUAAUUUUAUUAAUAAAAUCUAUCCGGAAGACAAACUUUUCAACGUGCACGUACAGUAUGGUGGAUCAUGCUGGGGGAUUCCUGUCCUCACAAUAUAUUCUAACUGUUUCACUCA